GAAAGGGGCGGGGAUACUGUGGCUACGCUUCAGUCUUGAUCAAAAUAGCCUCUUGCAGCCAGUGAAUGGACCUGCACUAUUCGAGUAUUUUGUAAUUCACAAGAACGCCAUCGUGUUUGAUGGUUCAUUAAUGUGGUAAACACUGGUGUAGGCUACUCUUAUGUGGCUACACGCGAUACUGCCCUUGUGGGGUUGAUGCACUAAAGGGCCACAGUGUGAACUACAAUCGCCGGACGGGUCUGCCAGGAGUAAUCCAAGGUCUACAAUCGAGAAAACAUAGCAACGAGGCUGUGAGACAGCAUUUCACACCCGGCACGGGCGGCAACAGCCUGCUGAGGAGUACGCCACGUACCCGCUAACGACGCGCCAUAAAUAAACUCCUUUGCUUGGAAUAUGAACGUAACGCUUAUUACGCAAGCAAUGGCCGAGCCCCCCUGUAUCGGUGAACGAGUGCCGCGUUUCCAACGUCCACAUGCCUCGGUGCCGCAGUUCACAAACUCGCCCACUAUGAUCGUGAUGGUGGGUCUUCCUGCCAGAGGGAAGACCUACAUCUCCAAGAAGCUCACACGCUACCUCAACUGGAUAGGGGUCCCCACCAAGGUGUUCAAUGUGGGUCAGUAUCGGAGGGAUGCAGUACGAACUUACAAAAACUUUGAGUUUUUCCGUCCUGACAAUGAAGAGGCCAUGAAGAUUCGCAGAGCAUGUGCUCUUUCUGCUCUGAAGGAUGUUGGGACUUAUUUCAUGCUGGAGCAUGGACAGGUGGCGGUGUUUGAUGCCACCAACACCACUCGGGAAAGAAGGGAGGUCAUUCUCAGCUAUGCCAAAGACAAUGGGUACAAGGUGAAGUGGUUUAGUUAUUCAAGACACACUGUGGUCUUCUUCAUAGAGUCUAUUUGUGAUGAUCCUGAAAUCAUCGCUGAGAACAUCAAGCAAGUGAAGCUCAGCAGCCCAGAUUACACCGAUUGUGACAAGGAGGAGGCAGUGGCUGACUUCCUGAAGAGGAUCGAGUGCUACAAAGUCACCUACGUCCCCCUGGACGACGACAAAGACAGUCACCUGUCCUAUAUAAAGAUCUUUAACGUGGGAUCUCGGUACCUGGUCAACCGGGUGCAGGACCACAUCCAGAGCCGGAUUGUGUACUACCUUAUGAACAUCCACGUCACACCGCGCACCAUCUACUUGUGUCGCCACGGUGAGAGCGAGCUCAACCUCCUGGGCCGGAUUGGUGGGGACUCGGGGCUGUCUCGGAAUGGUAGCAAGUUUGCUGCUGCCCUUGGGAGGUAUAUCAAAAGUCAGAACAUCCCAGACCUGAAGGUUUGGACGAGUCACAUGAAACGCACCAUCCAGACAGCAGAGGCCCUGGGUGUUCCCUAUGAGCAGUGGAAAGCGCUCAAUGAAAUAGAUGCGGGCGUGUGUGAGGAGCUGACCUAUGAGGAGAUCCAGGCGAACUACCCCGAGGAAUUUGCCCUGAGGGACCAGGACAAGUACCGCUACCGCUACCCCAAGGGAGAGUCAUAUGAGGACUUGGUGCAACGGCUGGAGCCGGUCAUCAUGGAGCUGGAGCGGCAGGAGAACGUGCUGGUGACCUGCCAUCAGGCCGUCAUGCGCUGCCUGCUCGCUUACUUCCUCGAUAAGAGUGCAGAGGAGCUGCCCUACCUGAAGUGUCCCCUACACACAGUCCUGAAGCUCACACCAGUCGCUUAUGGGUGUAAGGUGGAGUCUGUGUUUCUGAACGUGGAGGCUGUGAACACCCAUAGAGGCAGGCCUGCGGGCGAUGAGCCCAUGUGCUCCCUCGUGUCCCCCUACCGCCACACUCGGGCCAAGCCCAUGGCAAGCCCCACCCCCACCAGAGCCCCGCGCCUGCAGGACCUGGGGGUCACCAGUCUAAGUCUGCAGGUACUGCAGUGUCCAGAAAGAAGUGGACAAUCAAUUCCACAAUCAUUUGAAAUUAACGCUUCAUUUCAACAAUAAUUACUGUUGUCUGACCCAUCAGAUGCAGCUAACGGUUAACUCCCAGCAGAUUGCCUUUUCAGAUUCAUAAACAUGCUAAUGUUGAAUUAUGACCAAUCAGCACUCUAAUCAGCCGCCUCAUUUCCCUGUUGGCCCUUUUCGUGCGUUCAGUUGUGUAAUCUUUGGGUGAUGGAUGCUUUACUACAAAUGACCACUAGAUGGAGGUAGAAACCAUAAUCCUUUUAAUCAGUAUUGAAAAAAGCCUGUGUACAUUGGUGUGUAUUUUGUGCAUGUGAUUAUGUGUGUGUGGGUGUUUGUUUGUGAACACUUGUUUGCAUGGGAAUAAAUACAGCAGGUCUCUUUGAUUGUGUGUGUAUUUAAAUCAGCGGCAGAUUGUCAUGGAAAAGAUUAACAAAGCACAGGAAACUAAAUCCAUCUGUGUUUAUGUAAUGUUCAAUCUGGACUGCGUGUUUACAGCAGUUCUACCAUUGUAAUUGUACAGAAGUGGACCCAGUGGGUGCUUCAGUUUGACUACAUGUGCUUAUUGUGUCCUCAUUAGCAUGGUACAUGCAGUUUCCAUGGUAAUGUUCAUCAGAAAUGGGAGUGUGUGUUAAAUGCAAUGUGGACUUUGCCAAGCAUUGGCAGAUUCAGCUGUGGAGUGCAGGGUGGAGUGGAAAACAGUGUUGGUUCUUAUCUUUUUAAUCAUAUCUCUGUAUGUCUUCAUCUGUCUUUGUCUCCACCUGCCAUUGGCUCAUGUUUCAUUCACCUCGCCCACCUUUCUCUCUAUCUCUUGCACCCCCCCACACACACACACACACACACACUCUCUCUAUCCUUUCUUUCCUUCACUCUCUCUCUAUCUUUCUACUACUGCUGUCCCAGAACGUGGACAUCGACAGAGAGCCCGAGGAGGCACUUGUGACCGUUCCAGACCACAUCUAGAGGCCCAGAGAGAGGGAGCGAGAGACGCUGACUGUCCAGCAAGCGUAGACGUUUCCUCUCUCCAAACAUCUCAUGGCACAAAAACCUUUUCUCUUUUAGUUGUGUAUAUCAAUCAUAUUUUGCCCGUGGUAUCAUCAUGGUGAAAUGUGUGUGGUGAAAAGAGGUCCUCCUGAUGGAUGUCUAGGGCAGACAGUGGGAUCACUAAAUCAACUGCUGGGGUCUCCUGUGGGCUACUCUGUUCAAAAGGGGAUGCAAGUCUGCCUCCAGCGAAAGCGCACAACAGGAAGCGACAAAUAUUUUAAUUUACGCACCGUACUCACAGGAAGGAUAUUCCUUGCACUGGACUUUUUUUCCAGAUGGGCAGUACUAGAACCACACAAACCUCUGAAAUGUAACGAGAGAUUGUGGAUUGGACUGUGAACUACUGAACGGUUAACCAUAAUCCUUUGUGGUCUGAGAUCUGCCAAUGUUUCUCUCUUAAUAAACUCAGACUUAGGAUGUUCCUGUGCCCCAA